AUGGCAACGCCAAGUGAAACAAAUCUUUGUUCAUUCUGCAAUAAACUAUCGGGUACAAACUACUGUUUUGGAUGUAAAAAAUAUUUUUGUCGAAGAGAUUACAGAGAACAUGAACAGCAGUUGACAAAAAGAUUCGAUGAUGAAAUCGUGCUGUCACAUGAUCAACUACUUGAAAAAAUUCAAAAACUAGAAAACUCAACUGUUUUGUCAUCGGAUCUCUUCAUUCAAAUUGACCAAUGGAAAAACUCAACGAUCGAAAGAGUCGAAAAAGCAGCAAGAAAAGCUAGCGAGGACCUUACUACAUCAAUUAAUAGGCAAAGAAUAAAAAUAAAAGAACAAUUUGAACGAAUUACAACUGAAAUUCGUCAACGACGAGAAGAAGAUAAUUUUCUUGAAAAUGAUAUUGAUCUACUUGUGUCAAAGCUUAACGAAAUUCAAGGAGCACUUCAAACACUCAUUCAAGGAGAUAUCAGCAAAUCCAUAAUUGUUGAUAACAAUAAAAUUGAUUGGAAUCGAAUCAUCUACAUCAAAGAAGUACAAGAAAGCAGUGAGUAUUUUGAACUAAGGAAAUGA